AUGGCGGAUAUCAACGUCGAUGUCCUUGUCAUUGGAGCCGGCCCGACAGGCUUGGGUGCUGCCAAGCGUCUCAACCAUAUCAAUGGUCCUUCGUGGCUGAUUGUCGACGCAAACGAGAAGGCUGGUGGUCUUGCUUCCACCGACGUUACUCCUGAGGGCUUCCUCUACGAUGUCGGCGGCCACGUUAUUUUCUCGCACUACAAGUACUUUGACGAUUGCCUCGAUGAGGCUCUUCCUAAGGAGGAUGACUGGUAUACUCACCAGCGCAUUUCUUACGUCCGGUACAAGGGCCUCUGGGUUCCCUACCCAUUCCAAAACAACAUCUCGAUGCUGCCCAAGGAAGACCAGGUGAAGUGCAUCGAUGGGCUCAUCGACGCUGCCAUGGCCUCUCGUGUUGCCACAACGAAGCCCAAGGACUUUGACGAGUGGAUUCUGCGGACGUGCGGCGAGGGUGUCGCGGAUAUCUUCAUGCGGCCCUACAACUACAAGGUGUGGGCGGUGCCUACUACCAAGAUGCAAUGCCAGUGGCUUGGUGAGCGUGUUGCCGCUCCCGACGUCAAGCUGGUUACCAAGAACGUUAUCCUCAAUAAAGUUGCCGGCAACUGGGGCCCCAAUGCCACCUUCAGGUUCCCCGCGAGGGACGGAACUGGCGGCAUCUGGGUUGCUGUGUCAGAUACGCUCCCGAAGGAAAAGAAGCGGUACGGGCAAAAGGGUGAGGUUACCAAGGUUGACGCUCAGAAGAAGAUUGUCACGUUGAAGGACGGCACCACGAUUGGCUACGGCAAGCUCAUCAACACAAUGGCUGUGGACCAUCUUGUGGAGAAGAUGGGCAACCAGGAGCUGAUCAAACUUUCCAAGGGCCUCUUCUACUCAUCGACCCACGUUAUUGGCGUUGGUAUCCGUGGCGAGCGCCCGGAGCGAAUUGGUGACAAAUGCUGGCUCUACUUCCCCGAGGGCAACUGCCCGUUCUACCGCGCCACCAUCUUUUCCAACUACUCCCCGUACAACCAGCCACAAGCUGAUGUCAAGCUGCCGACGCUGUACCAUGCGGAUGGAAGCAAGCCCAAGAGCAGCGAGGCAAAGGAGGGUCCUUACUGGUCGAUCAUGCUCGAGGUGUCACAGUCCAGCAUGAAACUAGUCGACGAGGCGAAUAUCCUAAAGGACUGCAUCCAGGGUCUCAUCAACACCGAGAUGAUCAAGCCCGAGGACGAGAUCGUCUCGACUUAUCACCGCAAAUUCGACCAUGGCUACCCGACGCCGUCGCUCGAGAGAGAGGGCGUGCUCAAGGAGCUCCUCCCCAAGCUCCAGGACAUGGACAUCUGGUCGCGCGGUCGGUUCGGCAGCUGGCGGUACGAGGUCGGAAACCAGGACCACUCGUUCAUGCUCGGCGUGGAGGCGGUCGACAACAUUGUUUGCGGCGCCGUCGAGCUGACACUCAACUAUCCCGAUUUUGUCAACACGCGCCAGAACACGGAGCGCCGGCUUGCGCAGAGCUUCUACAAUACGGGGUCGGGGUCAGGGUCAGCUAACGGCGUUCCUACAGACGUCUUCCCUGCCAGACCCGCGUCAGGAGCAUAA